CGUCACCUCCUCCUUGGAAGAAGCAUCACCGCCCUGCAUUUCUUCCCCGGCCGCCGAGGUUUGCUUCCUUCCGGGCCCGGCCUCCAUGUCACUGGACCACAGCCCCACCGGCUCUCUCGUCGUGUACGGCGAUGACAUCGAGGAGGCCAUGUCCCCCAACCGGAGCGUCGCCGCCGUGGCCGUCAAGGACGGCGACGCCUCCGUGUACAAGAUCAUCCACGGCUUCCUCAAGCAGAAGAACAACUCCAUCAUCAACGUCGCCGCCAGCGUCGCCCGCAAGGCCGCCUCCAACAAGCUGUCGAGGAAGACUUCGGAUGUUUUCGACACCUUGAUUCAGCAGCAGCAGAGCAGGCUGGGGAACAAGACCGGGCCUCUGCUCUCUGGGAUAUCCUACUGCAUAGCCUCUUGCAGCAUGAUAUUGCUCAACAAGGUGGUUCUCUCCAGCUACAACUUCAGUGCUGGCAUCUCACUCAUGCUGUACCAGAAUCUUAUAUCCGUGGUCAUUCUUGUGGCACUCGAGUUCUUCGCUGUAAUUUCAACAGAAGAGCUAACAUGGAAGUUGAUCAAAGUCUGGAUUCCAGUUAAUCUCAUUUUUGUUGGAAUGCUAGUAACCGGAAUGUACAGUUUGAAGUACAUAAAUGUUGCCAUGGUGACGAUAUUGAAGAACAUAACAAACAUUUUAACGGCUGUAGGGGAGUUAUAUGUUUUCAGGAAGUGUCAGAACAAACAGGUUUGGGCUGCCUUAUGCAUGAUGAUUAUAUCAGCUGUCAGCGGCGGUAUGACAGAUCUUUCUUUCCAUUUAAUCGGUUACGCGUGGCAGAUUUUGAAUUGCUUUCUGACAGCAGCCUAUUCGCUUACACUGAGACGCCUGAUGGACACAGCCAAACAAUCAACUAAAUCGGGUUCUCUCAAUGAAGUUUCUAUGGUGUUACUUAACAAUGCGCUCUCCAUCCCUUUCGCGGUCAUUUUGAUUAUUGUCUUCAACGAGUGGGAAUACGUGUACCAAACCGAAGUUAUCAGAGAGCCCAUGUUCUGGUUUUUUGCGACCGCCAGUGGAUUGUUAGGACUAGCGAUCAGCUUCUCAUCCGUGUGGUUUUUACAGGAGACUGGCCCAACAACUUACAGUCUUGUUGGCUCACUAAACAAGAUACCCAUUUCGGUUGCUGGUGUCUUGCUAUUCAAUGUUCCUGUUAGUGUGGAAAAUUUGUUCAGCAUAGUUUUUGGUCUUUUUGCUGGGAUAUUCUUCGCAAAGGCAAAGAUGUCCAAGUCCUAAUGUUCACUCUCCUGGCGCGACUGUAACACGAAAAUAUUCGCACGGCAAGGCCUCCUAUCAACUGUACAGAUAUACGAUCAGAGUCCGUUUGAACUUGUCGAGUCGAUUGGGAUUUCGUGAAACAUUCUGUUUAUUCUUUCCCGGAUUUGUUUCAUAACUGCAUGCAGAAGGCAGUUUGCAGGACUUGUCACAGCUUCUAUCCAAUUGUUGAUCUCUGCUCAAGAAGUUGAGCAGAACAACCAUACAAAAUAAAGGGAAAAGAUUUGGCCAUUUCAACACCGGGAAUUUGCUGUUGCUGUGCCCCAAGAGCUUCCUCUGUUCCUCUGAUAUUUUUCAGUUUCUUAAU